AUGGCGUUCCCAUUGGGAGCCCUCGCGACCACAACAUGGCUCUUUCUUGUUGCAUUCUCACUUCCUAAUGUCCAUGCAGCUCAUAACCAUGUUGGAAGUAUCAAGAAAGUUAGCAUCAAGAGGCAUCGCCCGAUUUUUAAACCAGGUCCAUGGAAACAAGCUCAUGCUACCUUCUAUGAAGGAGGCUCUGGAACAUUUGGUGGAGCUUGUGGGUACGAAGAUGUGGUUAAAGAAGGUUAUGGCCUAGACACGGUAGCAUUGAGCUCUGUAAUGUUCAACAAUGGACUGACAUGUGGGGCAUGUUACGAGGUCAAAUGUGUAAAAUCGCCAGAGGGGGGGUGUAAGGCAGGGAAAUCGUCUAUUAUUGUGACGGCAACCAACUUUUGCCCUCCAAAUGAUGAUCUGCCAGGUGACAAUGGAGGAUGGUGCAAUCCACCACGCGAACAUCUUGAUUUGGCCAAACCUGCGUAUCUCAAAAUUGCAGAGUAUAAGGCUGGCAUCGUCCCAAUCCAUUAUCGCAGGGUACCGUGCAAGAAGAAAGGAGGAAUUCGAUUCACAAUCACUGGGAAUCCUUACUUCUAUCUGGUAUCAGUGUGGAAUGUCGGAGGAGCUGGGGACAUCACACAAGUGAUGGUGAAGGGUGAUAAGAAGGUCAAGAAUUGGACAAAGUUGAAGCGAAAUUGGGGUCAGAAAUGGGAGACUGAUAAGCAGUUAGUGGGAGAGACACUGGCAUUCAGGGUGAGAGCCAGUGAUAGCAGAUAUAAGCCGCUGAAAAAAGGAAUCGUGUUGACAAGGUCAUAA